CAGCAGGAGCAACAACACCAUCCACUCAAUAACUACAUGCCACCUAAUCGCUCGGGGCCUCAGCAAUCCACUCCUGGAUACAGAUCCCAUGCAAGCACGCUAUUGCACUCAGAUACCAGCUCGAACCAGAGAUCCGCUCCUAGUCGAACCCAGCCUCUACUUCAGCCAUCACCAGUGACCUCUGCUCCCAGAGGCCAGUAUCAGUCAUAUGAACACCCGCGUCAUCCAUCUUCAUCUCAGAUUCAUCAGCGCCCUCAGCAGACGUUGCAACGACAUCAAUCUCAACCGCAAUCUACUCUCGGGCCCAGUCCUCCAUAUCCAAAGCAGCAGCAGCAGCAGCAGCAGCAAUACCAGCACUUGCCUCAGACCCGGCAACAAAAUCAGCACAUGUUGCAGCCUCAAUACGGCCCGAGCUACGGAGAUGCAGGAGUGUCAAGUUCGUCCCAUCACGCCAGCUACACUGACAGCCGCGCACCGCUAAACCAUUCUCGCCUAGGGUCGAAUACUCUUCAAUCACAUCAUCAGAGCCAGCCCUCGCGCGAAAGAGACCACCAUCGCUCCAGUAGUGGACACAGCAGCAACAGUGGCAGUGGCAGCUUUACCAUGGAACAUUACUACAGUUAUAGCAGGAAUGGUGGCAGCUAUUCCACGGACUCGCAUCGUAUGGUUACGCAUCGACCUUCGUUGACAGCUCACCAGCUCUCGAACCCAUUGACAGGGUAUAUGCAUAUCCCGGAAAAUACUACAAAGGACGAGGCAUUGAUUCUGCCAUCGCUCGAUGUGAUUGACCACCUGGUGGACAUGCAUUUUCGUUUCGUGCACCCAGUCCUUCCGAUGCUACACUACAAAACUAUCUCUGACCAGAUCCAUCGCAACGAAUCGCCACCAUCACACUUGCUCUUUGCAGUCCUUGGACUAGCCUCUCGCUUCAGCGAUAACCCCACAUUUCGCGCACCUCAGCCAGGACUCGAGCGACCUCCCUGCACGAUUUUUUACGAACGGGCUAAGUAUUUUAUCAAGGAUGAAUACGACAAUUCCCAGAUUGCGACUGUUCAAUCUCUCCUCUUGAUGGCGAUCCAGCAGAUGGGGUUCUGUGAGAGCCAGCGCGCGUGGCUGUAUGUGGGCAUGGCAAUUCGUAUGGCGCAGGAUCUGGGCCUCAACAAGGAAUCAUCGGACCAGGAACAAGCAAGGAACAGAUUGCAAUGCGAACUACGCAAGAGGACGUGGUGGUCCGUCUAUGUAGUCGAGCGUCUUGUGUGUGCAGGGCUCGGAAAGCCCUUGGCUAUCACCCAUAAAGAUUCUGAGGCGUCAUAUCCGCAAUACGUAGACGACGAGGACGAGGCGACAGCGGGCAGAUCAUUAACAGUUCAGUCGACAUGCAUUUCCAACUUUGUCCAUCUGAUCACCCUGUCAAAGAUCCAAGGCAAUGUCCUUGAGUACAUCAAAGCCAAAUACGGCUCACCAUCAAAAUCGGAUAAAGGCAUCAGGACUCCCUGUAUUGGAUCAGAGCAGGAACAGGACUGUGGCGUGGAUACCAGUGCGGCGCGGUUCUCUUGUCUAGACAAGUCCUUAACGCAAUGGCGACAGUCUCUUCCGGAAUCGCUGCAGGACCCAACAGCACAGUCUCCUCAUUUUGGCCUUUUCCUUCAUUUGACGUUCAACACCGUGAUCAUCCUGCUCCACCGACCUGAAGUGCCGAACUCUGCAACCUCAGCAUCCUUGUGUGCACAAGCGGCAGCCACCAUUUCUGAUAUCACUGAGAUCCUGAUGGACGCCAAAGCCCUGACGUCGAUGUUCAUCAGCUGUCUGUACGCCAUCUUUUCGGCGGGCAUCAUCCACUUCAUGAAUAUCCCCAGUGUCAAAAGGUCUGCAGCGUCCUCGAGUGCCAGCCCACUCACCUUAGUGCCCAGCGCACCACUUCCCAGCCACACCAUGUCAGCCAAGACGAAUCUGAAGCGUUGUAUUGAUGCUCUCAAGUUCCUCGCUAGUCAUUGGGUCAGCGCAGCAAGGCGUGCUAAGAUUUUGGAGGAUCUCUUGGAUUUAAAGCAUGUGAGUUUGAAGGAUCUCGAAGUCGAUACAUUCAAAAUGUCGCCUGUGGGACCAUCCUGGGCACUCGAGUCUCAAUAUAAGGAAGCACUCGUCGGACCACGAGAAGGUCAGGACAAACUGCGACAACAAUGCCGGUCGAAAGUGAUGGCGAUUCACUCUUUAUUGGCCAACGACGAUGAGUUUAGAAAGAUGCAGCGGCGUAGGAGCACGACUUUUGGGGACCAGGAUGGCGAUGAUAACAUGGAAGCCGAUGGAGAAGAGUCAUCCCAGACGGAGGAGUCAGAGAUGAGGUCGCAAGUAGAGACGCCCAUGAGCUCUGCCAACGCGAAUGAAUCUCCAAACUCAAUCUCGCCCACAUUCACCCGACCAUUUAUUGGACUGGGCGUCCAGUCGCCAUUCUCGUCUCCGCCUUCAGCAUCAUCUCCAGCUUCUGUUCGUACGGAAAACAGCUCAGUUCAACAGCCCUCGGAGACGGACCCCUCAAUGAUGCUCGCCACCGUCAACCUCGGUCUUUCUGACAGCCCGGCAGUCGUUCAGGACAAAGCUCAAGCGGACAUCAAGGCCGAGGGUAGCGUUGAAAGUUCAGGACUUUUGCGGCACGACAAUGGCUUGCUUGUACCCGUGACCAUGACCACACUGGCUCACGGAGGCACCUCUCCUUUGUUGAACACGGAUUGUAAACUUUCCGUGACGAAUGGAAAGAGCGCUGGUACAAACAAUGCACCGAGCAAGCAAGGCGCCAUGCUUGACCCCUUUUCCAUGCCCAGUAGCAUCGAUUGGAACCGUGAUCGGAGGCCCAGUGACAGCGGUGAAAGCGGUGCAGGGCACCAGACAGGAUCUCAGUUCAACACGGUCUGGACAGUGGACUCAUUGACUAAUCGCACGACCGCACGCUCAGCUGUAUCUUCGGCCAUCGCCCCUUCAACCGAUACGAAGCAGGACGAGCGCAUGCCCGAUAGCGAUGGCAGGCAGAUAGCAUCGGCGACACCCAACACUUCGGCCAUCGCUGCUCAGGCUCCCUCUCUCUACUGUGAAUCUAGUACACACGCUUUUCCGGGGUCAAAAUUAACGGAUCGUGAUGAUCAGGAUCUGGUCUGGAAUGAUAUGCCUCCAACGUUAGGUCUGGACGAGUGGACUGCAUAUAUCGGGGCCAUGAUGAUGCGCUGGCUCUAUGCUUCUGGCCAGUCCUCUCCACGUUCGACUACAUCAGCAUAGCACGUCUCUCUUUGGCCAUAUUAUGCUCAUGCAUUGUACAUUAGAAACUCUAGCAAGAAAAAAUAAUAAUAGCAAUGGAGCAUCCGGCCAAUACUGCC